GUUAACUUUAUCCAAAGUUUGAAAUAUUGCCGUCUAGUUCAUUUUUCUAGUGGAUUUGUUUUGCGUGGCGUUUCAUGAAUUACCUCGAGGGCCGGAUCAAAUGGCCGGAGGUUCCCCACCCCUGUUUUAGACCAUGUAAGGAAGGAGUUUGAAUCAGCGGGCAGGGCUUCAUUUCCUUCUUUCUGUUUCAUCUACUCACAACUUACAAUGGAGGCUGAACGGAGAGUGGAAACAGUUGUGAGAGAUGCCGAGCCUUUCAGAACGAAUGCUUUCCUGAUUAUCGAUCAAAUGCUGGAGCUGUUUGACCCCGGGAGAGAUCUUCAUACACUGUUAGUGGAUGAGAUUCUUCACAGCAUCUUCUUUUUGGGAAAUAUCCACGUUCCACCAUUUUCACCACAAAGAAUUCUUGGUGAAGAAAUGUUUAAUGGAUUGAGGGAAACCUUCCCUCGGCCUUUUAAACUCUAUUCCUCUCAAGUGCCGAAGCGGAGUCCAUUCUCAUGUCUGCUGGACAUGAUUGUCGACCUGAAGGGACAAGAGAAUGAACAAGAAAUAAUAGCGAUGCUUCAAAACUUCAUCUCUAAAAUACAGCAGGGACGUAAUUCAAAGCCUCUGGUCUCCUCCACCAUCUGUGUCUCUCAGAGCACCGAUAUCAGGUACUACGGGGUCUCCAUGUCCACUUCUGGCCGUAUUCCUGGAAAAAUCAUGGUUUCUGCGUCCUGUUUUAGCAGCUGGGACGAAUAUGUAGCUGGUGCAGUGAUCACCUACCAUCCAGCGAAGGACAAGAAGACAUAUUUUGAUGGAACCAUCAUACUUCCAGAGACAGUCAGGUGCCAGGCGUUUAGCCUCCUCAGGGGAGGAAGCAUUAUGCCUCCUUGCAGAUCAUGUGAGAAUUUGUUUGGUUUGACAACAGAUGAUACACAGGAGUGGGGCUAUGGCAACUGUGCUGAAGCUGAAAGUGUGAGCAACUUGUUUAAAAAAGUUCAAGAAGUAAGAGAGGAAGCACGACCAACAUCAACGACGUGCACACCUGAGAACAGGAUGAAGGCUGAGGAAGCAGUCAAGAGAGAUCUCAAGAAUUUGCUGAAAGAGAAGAAAUUUAAUUGGGAUAAUAAUUUCUACACCCCAGAGAGAGUCUAAUCCUAAAAAGGGAAAUGAUUGAAUAUUAAAUAUUGAUAGGUGCAAUUCUUUUGGUCCUUAAUUGUAGAGUGACCAGAUAGAUCUCUUUUGAUAUUUUUCUUUAUCAGUCACACCUUCAUAUAAACUUCACUGUAACACUCUGGGCUGUGACAUUCCUACUUUUUAGUUGUACGUGGAGUUCAUGUGAUCAGAGCUGUCAAUAUAUCAGGCUUCAUCUUAGCUCCUUGUGAUGUGUAACAAUGAAGAUAUUAAUGCAUUCAUGGAAAAUAUUAUUAAGCCAAAUGUGUGUCAACUGAUUGAAUGAAGCAUGCAGAGGUUGAUGUGUUCGUGUAAUUUUUUGUAUUGAUUGUAUCUGCAGCAACCUCAUCUAAAGAGUUACCUGUCAGUUGUAGAUUGUAAGAUUUCACAGAUCACUUUUAAAGUCAAGACCCCUCUGGACCCCCCCUGCCUGAGGCCCUGAGGUUUGCAGAAUCAGUGACAUCUUUUAAAUCAGUUCUCAAAACGUAUCUUAAAAAAAAAAGAAGCCUUAUUAUCGAUUUUAGCACACUGUUUUAUUUGCCUGAUUUUAUUUCCCUAUGUCCUGUAAUGUUUUUAAUCUUGAAAUGUGUUUAAUCCUGGUUCAACCAUGUAAAGCACUUUGUAACUUUGUUUUGAAAAGCGCUUUAUAAAUAAAGGUUAUUAUUAUCAUUA